AUGGUGGCAACGUUCAAGAUCGCCGUGCUGGGAGCCCAGGGCGUGGGCAAGAGCGCCAUAGUCCGGCAGUUCCUCUACAACGAGUUCAGCGAGGUCUGCGUGCCCACCACGGCCCGCCGCGUAAAAAAAGUCAUCACCGGCCACGUGCACGACCUGCAGAUCAUGGACUUCCCCCCCAUCACCGCCUUCCCCGUCAACACCCUGCAGGAGUGGGCAGACGUGUGUUGCAGGGGGCUCCGGAGCGUCCAUGCCUACAUUCUGGUCUAUGACAUCUGUUGCUUUGACAGCUUCGAGUACAUCAAAACCAUCCGCCAGCAGAUCCUGGAAACAAGGGUCAUCGGCACGUCGGAGACACCCAUCAUCAUCGUGGGCAACAAGCGGGACCUGCAGCGGGGCCGGGUGAUCCCGCGCUGGAACGUCUCCAACCUGGUGAAGAAGACGUGGAAGUGCGGCUACAUCGAGUGCUCGGCCAAGUACAACUGGCACAUCCUGCUGCUCUUCAGCGAGCUCCUCAAGAGCGUGGGCUGCGCCCGCUGCAAGCACGUCCACACCACCAUCCGCUUCCAGGGCGCCCUGCGCAGGAACCGGUGCACCAUCAUGUGA